AUGUCGCUGUUUUCAGGAAGAAAUAAGGAAAAGGAUAAGGAUUUGUUGGGAAGUAAGAAAUGUCAGUUUUAUGUGGAAUUUCUAGGUUGGAUGGAAUGCCGUGGAUUACAAGGUGAAUACUAUACAGAACCAGUGAUACGUGAACUUCGACGUCGACAACGGAAUAUGGACACACCACCUAAAUUGACUCUUCAAGUAAGCAAAAAGGAAAUAAAAGUUUCUCAAGAUUGUGAAGACAAAAAGAAACGGAACAUUAAGAAAGUCCGCUUCCCAACAAUUCCUUCCAGGGAUGUUACGUACGCAGUUCAAAGUCGAGAUGCGAGCGGACGUUUGGACGAUACUGUAGCUUGUAUAUAUCUAGGAUUCAUGCCCCGUACACAAAAAUAUGUACACGUUCACGUUUAUAGAUUUGACGAACCGGACACUGCUUCUACCUUUGUGAAACUUUUGUCUCAAAUUGUAGAUAUGAACAGGGAUCGUAUUGUGGACGAAGAACAGAAACUAGCCAGUUGGGGAGAAAUCGAACGUUUAGAUCUACCUGAUAAUAUGAGUGAUCAACACACCAAUGAUUCGGCCACUGGAUCUAAUGGUAGUAACUUUAGUGGUGAUGACGAUUCUCCUGCAUUCAAUAAUUACGAAAUAGACUCUGAUUUACAAAGUUUAAAAGACGUUAAAUUGUACGAUUCCGUUGCCGAUGAGUUGCGGUCACGUCUUGGAUUAGCGGAACUGAAAGAAAGUGCCCCAAUUCUCUUACCUCCCAAAGAUUAUGACACCAUUAGCAGAGCCCGGGGCAACCUCAUGGACUACGAAAAACGUCGAUGCUUACAGCUGAAUAUCGUUGGUGGUAUACACACUGAAAACCAAUCAAACAACCAUCAAAACCUCAAAAUGAGAAAUUCAUCAGGUGAAAGUGGAAUCGAUCUCCCUUCUCCGAGCAGUUCUGAGAAUAGCAGCCGACCAACUAUCUUCUCUUCUGGUAAUACUUCACCAUCAACUCCACCAGCACAUGGCAGCGAAUUCGCCUACCCUCCCCGUAGCCCUCGUGUAGAUCCAACUUAUGGCACAAAUAGUCCUCGCUUUGAUUCACAAUAUGUACCAAAUAGCCCUAGAGUUGAUAAUACAUAUUAUGGCAAAGGACGACCAGUGGAACAUAGCCCUCUUGGUGCCAGACGCAGUGCCCCAACCAAUUACAAUGGUUACACGUAUAGAAGUGAUGGUUCCCGCCACAGCAGCAACUCACGACAUUCAGACGAGAGAGAUGACGAGUAUGAUUAUCGAUUAAAAUUGAAAAGCCCACCAACAGAUUACCAACUGUCACCUGAUUAUGUGGAGAUGAGGCGACCUGGUGGAUCCCGGGGUGGAAAUUUGGCCAACAGUAUGCCACAGGAAGUUUUAUCUCGAGAAAUGGAUAAUGUCAAAAAUUCUUAUUCUCCUAUCCAGAUACGACGUGGCCAACAACAACAACAGGAUCCUCAAUUUCUGGAAGUUUACGAUCGCCGCCCUGGUGGAUAUCAAGUUCGUAGAGUUCAGUCCAUGUACAGAUGA